CUCAACCACAAGCAAUCUAUACCGGCCUCCUCUUCAAGCCUCAGCAAAUCUCCUCUCUCAAGGUCAGGUAGGAACUUAAGCAAAAACUGCUACUAUCACCACCACUGCCGCCGCUGCCGCCACCGCCACCGCCGCGACCGUGACCGCCAUGGGUCGGACGGAGCUGAAUGUUCUGAGCAAGCUCGACGGGGCGAAGACGCAGCUGUACCACUUCACGGCGAUCGUGAUCACCGGCAUGGGGUUCUUCACCGACGCCUACGACCUCUUCAGCAUCUCCCUCGUCACCAAGCUCCUCGGCCGCAUCUACUACUACGACCCCUCCUACCCGGCCCCCGGCAUCCUCCCCCCCAACGUCGCCGCCGCCGUCAAUGGCGUCGCCUUCUGCGGCACCCUCGCCGGCCAGCUCUUCUUCGGCUGGCUCGGCGACAAGCUCGGCCGCAAGUCCGUCUACGGCUUCACCCUCCUCCUCAUGGUCCUCGCCUCCCUCGCCUCCGGCCUCUCCUUCGGCCACUCCGCCAAGGGCGUCAUGGCCACCCUCUGCUUCCUCCGCUUCUGGCUCGGCUUCGGCAUCGGCGGCGACUACCCCCUCUCCGCCACCAUCAUGUCCGAGUACGCCAACAAGAAAACCCGCGGCUCCUUCAUCGCCGCCGUCUUCGCCAUGCAGGGCUUCGGCAUCCUCGUCGGCGGCAUCGUCUCCCUCAUCGUGUCGGCCGCCUUCAAUGACCGCUACCACGCUCCGCCCUUCAGCCAGGACCCCGCGGGCUCCACCGUCCCGCAGGCCGACUACGUGUGGCGGAUCAUCCUCAUGUUCGGCGCCGUCCCCGCCGCGCUGACCUACUACUGGCGGAUGAAGAUGCCCGAGACCGCGCGCUACACCGCGCUCGUCGCCAGGAACGCGAAGCAGGCAGCGGCCGACAUGUCCAAAGUACUGCAGGAAGAAAUCAGGGAGGAUGACACUGAGCUUGCAGAGCAGCCGACGGUCGCCGACGACUGGGGCUUGUUCUCGCCGCAGUUCGCUCGGCGCCACGGCAUCCACCUCCUGGCGACGUCGACGACGUGGUUCUUCCUCGACAUCGCGUACUACAGCCAGAACCUAUUCCAGAAGGACAUCUUCAGCAAGGUCGGGUGGAUACCGCCGGCGGGCAGCAUGAACGCCGUCGAGGAGGUGUUCCGCAUCGCCCGCGCGCAGACGCUCAUCGCCCUCUGCGGCACCGUCCCCGGAUACUGGUUCACCGUGGCGUUCAUCGACGUGAUCGGACGGUUCUGGAUCCAGGUGAUGGGCUUCUUCAUGAUGACCGUGUUCAUGCUCGGCCUCGCGGUCCCCUACCACCACUGGACGACGCCCGGGCACCACGUCGGGUUCGUGGUCAUGUACGCGUUCACCUUCUUCUUCGCCAACUUCGGGCCGAACGCGACGACGUUCAUCGUGCCGGCCGAGGUGUUCCCGGCACGGCUGCGGUCGACCUGCCACGGGAUAUCGGCGGCGGCGGGGAAGGCGGGGGCGAUCGUCGGGGCGUUCGGGUUCCUCUAUGCGUCGCAGGGGAAGGCGCUGGCGGAGAGGGACCGCGGGUACCCGGCGGGGAUCGGGAUACGGAACACGCUGUUCGUGCUCGCGGCGUCGAACUUCCUCGGCCUCGCCUUUUCGCUGCUGGUGCCGGAGGCCAAGGGGAGGUCGCUGGAGGAGAUGUCCAAGGAGAACGAGGGGGAGGAUGAGUUUGUCAUGGAUAAAGCUCCUUAAAAGUUAAUUACGUAAUUAAAAAAAAUAAUAAUAAUUUGUGAAAUAUGUACAUGUAUUCCAUCCCUUGCCUCAAUUUGAACUUUGAAGCUUUUCUUGCAUGUGUGUGGUUUAUGAACAUUUGUUCAUUUUGCAAGUCU